AUGCAGCGCCUGCCUGACGACAGCACGAAAGUGCUACCAGCGAGCAGCCACGAGCCUUCACCUCGAAUUGUUGCUUCUUCCAUGGAGCCUUCGCCACGUUCUUUACGCUCUUUUCAUCGACCAGCAUCCAUCAAGAUUCAGCAGUCAAACGGACACACAGCCCUCACCACGGCCGAGCUCAGGCAAAGAAUAUGUGAAACGAGAAACGAUACCCAAAUCACCAUCACCCAGGUUCCAAUUGACAGGCGCGAGCCGCUCCCACCAACACCGACUACGCCCUUUUACUUGAACGUCAUGGGCAACAAGCCAUCGAGCAUAGAUGGCAGUCCAACUCCGGAUGUUGGACUGCCGCACGCGGAUUCCCGCAGCGCUAAGGUGGUGUCGCGCAAAAGCUCGUUCAACGUCUUCAAGAGGGUCGACAGUCGAAGCCCUUUGUCGCGUGAAGUGAUGGCCAGCGUCAUGUCGGUGAUUAACCAGAACAAUCAUACUAGGGAGGAGUCGGACCCUGAUCUCAAUGACGAUGUCGACGACGACGAUGUGAAUGAAACCACAACCGCUGGCGCCCGCUCCCUUCUAGACCGGUCAGGAAGCACCGACAUUUGCUUCUCGAGAGCAUCUCAUGUGCACUCUGCAUCUGCGGCCACCAUGAUCCAGGACAGAGCUCGUAGGCCAUUGAGCGCCUCUACGACCGUUCGCGACUUGCGCCAAAUGGAGCACCACCGGAACGGCACGAAUGAUUAUAGCCAUGACGGAAGCGACGGGCGGUCAAAGCCAUCUUUGCAUAAUGCAGGCYUAUCUCCCACUCUGCCUUCCCCAUCACCCUUGCCAGAGGAUAGUCCACACAAGUACGGCUUGAGAGACAAAAUGGACACCCCGGAAUUGCCUGCGAAGCCAAUUACCAUACCGAAAGCGAGGCGCAAGAGCAGCGGCCUUGAAAUAUUCAAUGAAGCAAAGAGCCUGCAAUCCGCAGCAUCCUUCCUCAACGGUCUGAGCACUUCCCGUCGCCGCGCAGAAUCGGCAGCGGAUACAUCAACAUCCUCCUGGGUAGCGUUGAAUGCUCCGUCGAGGCCUUCGUCAACAAUGCCAUCCUCGAGACAUCCCUCUUCCGGUUUUCAAGAAGUCGAGGGACGUCGAAAUGGCCACAACUUCAAGUCGUCAGGAUUUGCAUACUCAYGCCCACUCAACAUGAACCAGUUGAAAUGUUUUCGUGGCCACGGUCGCAUGCUUCUCAGCAGGAAUAAACAUGCACCGGUUGAGUGCGCGGUCUGCCACAUCGACGAUGAAGGAGAGCAUUUUAGCUGCAGCUGGUGUGMACUCCGAAUGUGCAAGUACUGCCGCAAAGAUUUUGCAAACCGCGGCAUGAGCGCGCUGCGUGAGAGGAUAAAGACUGCCGAGCUUGGGUCGAGCUCUGAAAACAGUUCUAGCGAGAGUCUUGCUCAGGGACUUUCACGCCGGAGUUAUUCUCGGAUUGCGUAUUGA